AUGGACACCUUGGUUGCGCAGUACACGCAACCACAUUUCGCCAAUGAAGGCUACAACUAUGGCGAAGAACAGGAUUACAACCAAUCUUCGUUACCGCCUCUUUCACUGAAAUUUGCGAUGCCACCCGUAUCAAGACCAGCUGCAUUCCUCCGCGCGCAGACCGACGACUACUCUAACCCGAACUGCCCGAUCAAGAUCGCUCACGGUACCACGACACUCGCUUUCAGAUUCAAAGGAGGCAUCAUUGUGGCCACUGACUCGAGAGCUACGGCCGGUAACUGGAUUGCCUCCCAAACCGUCAAGAAAGUGAUUGAGAUCAAUCCGAUGCUGCUGGGUACUAUGGCUGGUGGUGCUGCCGACUGUCAAUACUGGCUUGCCUAUCUCGGUAUCCAAUGUCGACUUCACGAACUCCGACACAAGCGCCGCAUUUCCGUUGCCGCAGCUUCGAAGAUUCUGUCAAACUUGGUCUACUCAUACAAGGGCAUGGGCUUGUCCAUGGGCACUAUGAUCACUGGAGUCACUCCCCAAGAAGGUCCAGCACUCUACUACAUUGACUCUGAUGGCACGAGAUUAUCAGGCAACCUCUUUUGCGUCGGAUCAGGUCAGACAUUCGCGUACGGUGUACUGGACGCCAACUACAAGUACGAUCUUGAGGACGAGGAGGCCUUGGAGUUGGGCAAGCGGAGUAUCCUGGCGGCAACGCACCGUGAUGCAUUCUCUGGUGGAUACAUCAACCUCUACCAUGUUAAGGAAGACGGAUGGGUGAAGCAUGGCUUCAUGGACACAAACCCAAUCUUCUGGCAGACGAAAUUGGAGAAGGGCGAGUUCUCGAAUGUCACCAGCCAGCUGUGA